GGCUGAGGGGAGGCCCGGAGCCUUUCUGGGGCCUGGGGGAUCCUCUUGCACUGGUGGGUGGAGAGAAGCGCCUGCAGCCAACCAGGGUCAGGCUGUGCUCACAGUUUCCUCCGGCAGCAUGUAAAGGCUCCACAAAGGAGUGGGGAGUUCAAAUGAGGCUGGUGCAGACGGCCUGAGGAUGGACCUGGAGCCCUGAGCAGUGGUGCCCGAGCCCCGGACCUGCACAGCAUGGCACUGAGGCAGCCACUGGCCCCUGCUGCGAAAGGAGGCAGGUUGUAAGCAGCCCCAGCCGGACCCCAGGCCAGCCCCCGCCCCAUCCCCGGCCCAAGCCCGGCUGUGGAGCACAGCAGAGCAAGCAGAGGCCAGUGAGGCAGGGCUGCUUGGCGGCCAGUCCGGCCUGCAACUCGGGGACCCCUCCUGGAGGCCAUGGACAGGCUGCCCUGCUGACGGCUGGGGUAAAGCAUGUGAGGAGCUGCCCCGGGGAGUCCAGCAGGAGUGAAGAGGUUUUCCUAGGCUCCGUUUGCCAAGAGGAACCACCAUUUUGCAAGGACCAUGAGGCCGCUGUGCGUGACAUACUGGUGGCUGGGACUGCUGGCUGCCGUGGGAGCAGCUGCAGGCCAGAAGGAAGGCUUGGAGGGCGCCGAGGAGGGCUCGCCCAGCGAGUUCAUUUACCUGAACAGGUACAAGCGGGCCGGCGAGUCUUCGGACAAGUGCACCUACACCUUCAUUGUGCCCCAGCAGCGGGUCACGGGCGCCAUCUGCGUCAACUCCAAGGAGCCCGAGGUGCUCCUGGAGAACCGGGUGCACAAGCAGGAGCUGGAGCUGCUCAACAGCGAGCUGCUCAAGCAAAAGCGGCAGAUCGAGACGCUGCAGCAGCUGGUGGAGGUGGAUGGUGGCAUCGUGAGCGAGGUGAAGCUGCUGCGCAAGGAGAGCCGCAACAUGAACUCGCGGGUCACGCAGCUCUACAUGCAGCUCCUGCACGAGAUCAUCCGCAAGCGGGACAACGCGCUGGAGCUCUCCCAGCUGGAGAACCGGAUCCUCAAUCAGACGGCCGACAUGCUGCAGCUGGCCAGCAAGUACAAGGACCUGGAGCACAAGUACCAGCACCUGGCCACGCUGGCCCACAACCAGUCCGAGAUCAUCGCGCAGCUCGAGGAGCACUGCCAGCGGGUGCCGGCGGCCAGGCCCGUGCCCCAGCCGCCCCCCGCCACCCCGCCCCGGGUCUACCAGCCGCCCCCCUACAGCCGCAUCAUCAAUCAGAUCUCUACCAACGAGAUCCAGAGUGAUCAGAACCUGAAGGUGCUGCCUCCCCCUCUGCCCACUAUGCCUACCCUCACCAGCCUCCCAUCCUCCACAGACAAGCCAUCGGGCCCAUGGAGAGACUGCCUGCAGGCCCUGGAGGACGGCCAUGAUACCAGCUCCAUCUACCUGGUGAAGCCAGAGAACACCAACCGCCUCAUGCAGGUGUGGUGUGACCAGAGACAUGACCCCGGGGGCUGGACUGUCAUCCAGAGGCGCCUGGACGGCUCUGUCAACUUCUUCAGGAACUGGGAGACCUAUAAGCAAGGGUUUGGGAACAUUGAUGGCGAGUACUGGCUGGGCCUGGAGAACAUCUACUGGCUGACGAACCAAGGCAACUACAAACUGCUGGUGACCAUGGAGGACUGGUCUGGCCGCAAAGUCUUUGCAGAGUACGCCAGCUUCCGCCUGGAGCCUGAGAGCGAGUACUAUAAGCUGCGGCUGGGGCGCUACAACGGCAACGCUGGGGACUCCUUCACUUGGCACAACGGCAAGCAGUUCACCACCCUGGACAGAGACCAUGAUGUCUACACAGGAAACUGUGCCCACUACCAGAAAGGAGGCUGGUGGUAUAAUGCCUGUGCCCAUUCCAACCUCAAUGGGGUCUGGUACCGUGGGGGCCAUUACCGGAGCCGCUACCAGGACGGAGUCUACUGGGCUGAGUUCCGAGGAGGCUCUUACUCGCUCAAGAAAGUGGUGAUGAUGAUUCGGCCCAACCCCAACACCUUCCACUAAGUCAGCGGGGUCCCCUCCUGACCUCUCGUGGCCGUCGCCAGGAGCCUGCCCCGGCCACAAUGCCCCAGCACCAGGAGCAACUCCCCAUCAGUUCACCAGGGGGCCGGGAGGAUGGGGCCACUGGAUUCUGUUUUCCCAAGUCACUGCAGCAGAUAAUGGAAUGGAAUCGACACAGUAUUCUCUGUCCCUGUUGCUUUUCUUCCUAUCAGAGAUCCCCUCAGGCUUCCACACAGCACAGGACUACAGACAAAUCCUUCUUCAAGGAAAUUAAAUCCCAGUAACAAAACACGACUGCACAAUACCUUCAUAAUACACGUGUGUGAGCCGACCUUAUGCACGUGUGUGUAUACCACAUAUAUAUGCACUUAGAUAUAUACCACGGGUACUAUAUCUAGAUACAUAUAUAGGUUUGGUUAUAUACCUAAAAACACAUACAUUCAAUUCUCAGAUGUUGACGUUGUUACCAACAGCUUUGCUCUUAGGAGAAAAGCGUUGCAUUCAUUGUGCUCCUUGAGCCUAAGA